CAAUACCUAAAAAGUCAAAUUCCACAAAGUGUAGGGUCUAAAAUAAGAAUAACUCUGCAGCGCGGAUGAUUUCGGGCCCGAGUGAAUCUUUUCCUUCUUUUUCCCCAAAUAUCUCAAGCAAUUACAUCUAAUCCUCCCUGCCUCAAGAACUCGAUAUCAGUUUAAAUUCUCCAACGGAAAAAGAUAUAUGGUGAUUGAGGGUGUGAGUAAAUUGCUGUUACGAUUUCGACAUAAAUAAGAACUGUGGUUCUCCUGGAUUAUCCCUCCCCCAAAUCUUUCCAUCGUUCCUGAGAUUAUUAGUGGAAGAGAAGGAAUCAUGGAUGAGGGAAAAUCCAUGGACGGAUCUUGCUAUUACUCUGUUCUCGGAAUCCGUAAGGAAGCUUCAUCCUCUGAGAUUCGAUCUGCGUAUCGCAAGCUCGCCCUGGAAUGGCAUCCGGACAAGUGGGCAAAAACUCCGUCGCUCGCCGGAGAUGCUAACCGGAAGUUUCAGAAAAUCCAGGAGGCUUAUUCAGUGUUAUCGGAUCAAACAAAAAGGUCGAUUUACGACGCCGGAGCUCUUGAUUUACUAGACGACAUCGAUGACAAAGAAGGCAUGGGAGAUUUUUUGCAUGAUCUGAUGAAGAUGAUGGACCAAAACGCUGGGGCUGAGGUGGAAAGUCUAGAGGAUUUGCAAAAGACGUUUGUGGAGAUGUUCGGUGACGAUUUGAGGGAGUUCAUGGAGAACCAAGAUCAAACGGCGAGGAAGAGGCCACGUGUAUCGAUGGAGAAAGCCAACAUGCCAAGAACCAGGGCUUGCCGCUAGGGUCGUAUUGUAUCUUUUUUAGAUUUUAAAAAUAAAAUCCUGUUAUCCUGAACACAUUUUGGGAUUAAGGGAAUAUGACUUAUCAAGGUAAUUAACUUUUCGGUAUAUUCACAUCUGCGUAACUAUUUUUUUUUUCUACAUAUAUAGGUAACAAACUUUUUGGGAGUGUUCACAUAUGACCAUUAUGAUCUGUG